CCCGCCGCCGCGUCCGGCCGGAGGGAGCCGCAGCGAGCGCAGCCGAGCCGAGCAGGCGGCGGCGCCAUGGCGUGCGCGGGGCUGCUCGCCGUGUGCCUGCUCCGGCCGCCCGCGGCCCCGCGGCCUCCCGCGCCCCCCGCCGCCGCCGCCGCCGGGCCCGCCGGACACGCGCUCUUCCAGGACGUUUUCCGCAGAGCAGACAAGAAUGCUCGGGAGGCUGAGCAGGAGGAUCGAAGCCAACCUCAGCAACUUGAUGAUGGCAAGCUCUCAUUCGAAGAGUUCCAGAACUAUUUUGCCGAUGGGGUUCUCAGCCCCGGGGAGCUGCGGGAACUGUUCAGCAGCAUUGAUGGACGUCCCACCGACAAUUUAGAAACAGAGAAACUGUGUGACUACUUCUCAGAACACCUGGGUGUCUACCAGCCUGUGCUGGCUGCGCUGGAGUCACUGAACCGUGCAGUGCUCACUGCCAUGGACGCCACCAAGCUGGAGUACGAGCAGGCCUCCAAGGUGGACCAGUUUGUGACGCGUUUCCUGCUGCGGGAGACCGUGAGCCAGCUACAAGCUCUGCAGAGCUCACUGGAGGGAGCGUCAGAAACCCUGGAGGUCCAGGCCCGUGGCCUGCGGUCAAAUGAACAGAAUGUGGAAGUGCAGAGCAGGCCCCGUGGCAGCCGGCGGGCAGGACGCAGGGCCCUGAGGAGUGUCAGCCGGUCACCAACCUGGUCUCCUGGCUCCUCUGACAUAGCCAUAGGACGGAGCUCAGAGGCGGAGGUGCAGUGGCGGCUCCAGGUCAACCGCCUCCAGGAGCUCAUAGACCAGCUCGAGUGUAAGGCCCCCCGGCUGGAACCCCUGCAUGAAGAGGACCCGGCGAAUGAUCCCGACUCGCAGCACAUCCUUGUGGCCCAGAGGCAGGUGCAGGUGGCAGAAGCAGCCCUGCAGGACUUUCACCGGGCCCUGUGCUGCUACGUGGACUUCACCAGAGCCCAGGGCCAUUGCCUGCAUGUAUCCGCUCAGAAGCUGCUGGGCAGCGCCUCCUUCAGCCUGUACGAGUUCUGGCGGGAUGAAGCCUCCUGGAGAAGGCACCAGCAGUCGCCCUGCAGCAAGGCCUUCCAGCGCAUCCUCAUCGACCACCUGCGGGCUCCAGACACCCUCACCACCGUGUUCUUCCCAGCCUCCUGGUGGAUUAUGAAUAAUAACUGAGCCUGACCUGCUUCAGCCAAGGACCCUGAGGCCCUGCCUGUCUCCUUCUGGAGCCUUCUGCACUGGAUAAGACCAAGGACCCUGCCUUCUGGAAAACCUGGAGCUGACCCACUGGGGGAGGCUCGGCCCAGGGAUUGGGGACUGGGCCGCUUGCUAUUUACUUAUCAGUGCAUUUUACUGUUUGUAGCUUCAGCCUCCAAACUCAGGCUUCCACCUGGCCCAGGAGGCCUGGAUUCUGGUCCCCUCUGCCCCUGCAUUGCUAUGACCCAGCCAGUCCCUUCCCUUUCUGGCUGCCUAGUGGUGUCCUGCUUUCUUCCUGCUGUCUUGGGGCCAGGCUUCUGCUCUUCCCCAACCAGCAGCAGAACCAGGGCUGAUGCUCAGGGACCCCCAACCCCUCAAACCUCAACCCCUGAGGUUGGGCCAGAUCAGUUUGCAGUGUGGGGUAAGGACCUGGGUGUCCCCAUCACCCUCCUGGGCCAGCUCCAGAUUUCCAGCACCUGUGGCUGCACCAGGGACCUCUGGAGGGUCCUGAGCUGGUCUGCAUGUCAUUUGCCCAUCAUCUGCAUGCUCACAACCCAUCCAUUCUCAGGGCACUGUGGGAAGCUCCAAGGUGACCUUGCCAAGUAGCAAUAAUUUGGGCUUAGUCACCUGCUAUCCCCAGAGACCUCUGAAUCCCAGCCCAGGACCCCAGCACAGAGGCAAUAAAGGCAGUGGUCACCUCUCGAGUUGCCUCCUCUUUCCCACUUAGUGAGGUGGGGCCAUGGGACCCUGUACCUCCCCUACCAGAAACUCAGGACAGGAAACCUGUCUUUAAAAUCAGCCCAUUCCAGGCUGGAGGUGUAGCUUGGUGGUAAAGUGUUCACCUGGCAUGCAUGAGGCCCUGGAUUUGAUUCCCAGCACUUAAAAAAAAAGUCUAAAAUUAGUCCACUCCUGUAGCAGGAAUUGGUGGUACACACCCAUAAUACCACCUACAAAGGAGGCUGAGGUGGGAGAAUUGCAAGUGCGAGGCCACCCUGAGCAAAACUUAGUGAGACCCUGUCUCACUGAAUAAAAUUUAAAAAGAACUGGGGAACGUAGCUCAGAGGGAGAGUCCCUC